CGUGCACGACUACCGCUUAGUAGCCUUUGUUCGUCACAUGACAAGAGGGAAGUGGCGGUGGUGCUGAAACAGUGAAGAUGGCGUGUUGCAGGAGCUGUUUGUGUUGUCAGUGCUGCUGCAGGGAUACGGAAACCAGGACGCCAGAGGAGCUGACCAUCCUUGGAGAGACCAGAGAAGAAGAAGAUGAGAUCUUGCCCAGGAAAGAUUACGAGAGCUUGGACUAUGACCGCUGUAUCAACGAGACAUAUAUGGAUGCGCUGGAGGGAAUGGACAAUAAGAGAGCCAAGAAGUAUGAAGUGGUGAAGUGGAUGCUGGUGUUUGCUAUAGGAGUGUCAAUAGGUCUGGUUGGCCUGUUUGUGGAUUUCUUUGUCCGCCUCUUCACCCAGCUCAAGUUCAGUGUGGUUGGGAACUCUGUGGAGGAGUGCAGUGAGAAGGGCUGCCUGGCACUAUCGCUGCUGGAGCUGCUGGCCUUCAACAUGACCUUCAUCCUCAUCGCCAGCGUCCUCGUGCUCGUCGAGCCUGUGGCUGCAGGCUCCGGGAUCCCUGAGAUCAAGAGCUACCUGAACGGUGUGAAGGUCCCGGGGAUUGUGCGUCUGCGCACGUUUGUGUGUAAGGUGGUGGGAGUGCUGUUCGCCGUGGCUGGAGGUCUGUUCGUGGGGAAGGAGGGGCCAAUGAUCCACAGCGGCGCUAUCAUUGGAGCAGGCCUGCCUCAGUUCCAAAGCAUCACCUUUAAGAAGAUCCAGUUUCACUUCCCAUACUUUCGCAGUGAUCGGGAUAAGCGGGACUUUGUGUCGGCGGGGGCAGCGGCGGGCGUGGCGGCUGCUUUCGGGGCGCCCAUCGGGGGGACGCUCUUCAGUCUGGAGGAGGGGUCGUCCUUCUGGAACCAGGCGCUCACAUGGAAAGUGUUGUUCUGCUCCAUGUCGGCUACCUUCACUUUGAACUUCUUCCGCUCGGGGAUCAACUACAACAAGUGGGGCUCCUUCCAGCUUCCAGGCCUGCUCAACUUUGGCGAGUUUAAGGUAAACGUGUGUGUGUGUGUGUGUGUUUGUGUGUGUGUUUGUAACAAGGCAAGGCAAGUUUGUCUAAAAGAGUGCUUUUCUAUAUGCCACUCUGUAUGGCUGUCGAGUGUUUAAGUCUGUGUGUAGGGA